AUGACCACUGCAAAUACUUCAGUAAGAUGUCUGGAGGUUAAAAUUCGCCCCUAUUCGGGACAAAAUAUUCAUGAACGACCCGAUCAGAGAGGAGUAGCGCGUGUUCACCUCUGCAAAGAAGCCUUGUCUGAUCUUAAUUUGGUAUCUGGACAAGUGUGCUAUGUUCGAAAAUGUAACGAGUGUGAUGAUCAGAGACGGGAAGCUAUUGUCUGGCUUACCUCGGAAAAAUCUUUGAGCAAAAAAGUUAUUCAAGUGUCGAAGACUUUUCAAGAAGUUUGUGGAUUUAAAUUAGGAGAUGAUCUUUGGAUACAGGCAGCUGGUAACCUGAUCACGGCAGAAUCAGUGACUUUAAAGGACAUUACACCAGCGGAGAGCGAACUAGGGGAUGAAGAAAGGCCUCAUUGGGAAUGGUAUAUCCAAGAAAAUCUAACGCGUGCGGAGGUCAUAUUCCCCGGCAUGACAUUUAAGGGGUUAUCUCUUCGCGGACCCAAAAGGACAUUGAGAAUAGAACUUAUUAAUGGUAGCUCCUCAAAUAUCGCAAAGUACGAGGGAGCUUCUUGCUCUAUCAAAAUUUCUACUAGUAAUGAAGGUAUUUGCCCAACAACCACCACAUCUUAUCGAUGCCUCGAAGUCCUCGAUGUCGCUGGAAUUGACCAAGCCUUAUCAAAACUGAAUCGUUUUCUAAAAACAUUCAGUAAGCGAUACAAAAUAACGUGGAACAAAGGAUCUUUCCAGAGAUCUUGCGCUGUUCUUUUGCACGGUGGUCAUGGUACAGGGAAAACCUAUAUUAUCAAUAAAAUUAUUGAUUCUAAGUGGGCAAGACAGGUUUUUCGAAUUGAGAUAGAUGCAAAACCCUCCACCAUUCGUGCUACGUUCAAAGAGGCAAAGCUUGCUCAACCAAGUAUUAUUGUCAUUGAUGAACUUGAAUCAUUGGUAUCAAGCGAUGAUACUGCUUCUCGUAUACUGGCGAGAGUUCUUGGAGAGGAACUUGACACUCUAUCCCAAAUAUUGACAAAUAAUGUUCUGCCCCAAAUAUUAGUCGUAGCAGCAACCAUCCACGUUAGCAGCAUACCCAUCACACUUCGAAAAAGGGGACGCUUUCAUACAGAUGUUAUGUUAUCAGUCCCUGAUGCUCCAUCUCGAAAGGCAAUUCUUAAGUCUUUGGCCCCCCCUCUUCCACCUACAAUUAACGACGAGGUACUCGAUAGACUCGGCGAGCGCACUCAUGCAUACACAGCCGAAGAUCUUGUAUCUUUGCUACACACUGCUCUCGAUAUUGCUGAAGAAAGAGUUGAUAAAUUCGAGAAUUUAACAGAAGAUGACUACCUUCUUUCGCGAAGUGAUAUCGAGAAAGCCCUUCAACAAAUAAGGCCUACUGCAAUGUACGAGAUUAGUCUAAAACCACCAAGCGUGAGGUGGGAUGAGAUAGGUGGUCAGGAAAAUGUCAUGAAGGCACUUCGCCGAGCUGUCGAAACCCCCCUUCUGGCAAGUCAUGUGUAUCCCGAAACUAUGAAACGAGUUGGGGCCUCGGCAAAAAAGGGCCUUCUACUCUAUGGUCCACCAGGCUGUUCCAAAACCCUCUGUGCACAAGCAAUGGCCACUGAAACAGGCCUGAAUUUUUUCGCCGUCAAGGGAGCAGAGCCACUCAACAUGUACGUGGGAGAGUCCGAACGAGCUAUACGUGAUGUAUUUGCGCGAGCGCGUGCCGCAAGUCCAAGUAUAAUCUUCUUUGACGAGAUUGAAUCGAUUGGGAGUAAACGAGAAAAGUCAGGCCGCAAUACUGGGAUUAAUGUCUUGACAACUUUACUAAAUGAGAUGGAUGGAAUCGAAACUCUAAAAGGGGUUAUAGUUAUAGCAGCAACAAAUCAACCAGAAGCAUUAGACUUGGCACUGCUUCGACCUGGUCGCUUUGAUCAGCUUUUAUACGUUGCACCACCCGACUUGGCGGGACGUGGAGAAAUUCUGCGCGUACGAAAGCGACUUAUGGAUCUAGCAGAUGAUGUAGAUCUUUUAGAGAUCGCUCGAUUGACUGAGGGCUACUCAGGAGCCGAGUUAGUCUCUAUCUGCCAGAUAGCGUGUGAAAAUGUGGUAGAAGAAUGUAUCAAGACCGGUAAUAUAUUGCAGGUACACAUGAACGACUUCCUUGCGGCCAUUAAGUUGGUAAAAAAGCAGCUAACGCCUGAGCUGAUUACUAGGUAUGAGCGAUGGGCUUCAGGGACUCGCUGA